AUGUCCCGGCCCUCUCUUUCCCACCAGAUCGCUCAGAAGUAUGACCUUCAGAAAGAAGAGGAGCUGAGGAGCUGGAUCGAGGAGGUUACCGGCGAAUCCAUCGGUCCUGACUUCCAGAAAGGCCUGAAGGACGGAGUCAUUCUGUGCAAACUUAUCAACACACUUCAACCAGGCUCAGUGAAAAAGAUCAACCACUCAGCGCUGAACUGGCCUCAGAUGGAGAAUCUGACGAACUUCAUCAAAGCCAUCACCGUGUACAACCUGAAGCCUCAUGACCUCUUCGAAUGCAACGACCUGUUUGAGUGCGGCAACAUGACGCAGGUGCAGACGACGCUGCUCGCACUGGCCAGCAUGGCCAAGACCAAGGGCUGCAACUCACGGGUGGACAUCGGGGUGAAGUACGCAGACAAGCAGGAGAGGAUGUUUGAUGAGGAGAAGAUGAAGGCUGGACAGUGCGUCAUUGGCCUGCAGAUGGGGACCAACAAGUGUGCCAGUCAGGCAGGUAUGAAUGCAUACGGCACCAGGAGGCACUUAUAUAACCCUAAAAAUCAAAUCCAGCCGCCCAUGGACAACACAACCAUCAGUCUGCAAAUGGGAACCAACAAGGGGGCGAGCCAGGCUGGGAUGACGGCUCCAGGGACAAGGCGUGCCAUUUAUGACCAGAAGCUGGGCACAGACAAGUGUGACAACAGCACCAUGUCCCUACAGAUGGGCUACAGCCAGGGAGCCAGCCAGAGCGGACAGAACUUCGGGCUGGGCCGGCAGAUCUAUGACAAAAAGUACUGUCCUAAUGCCGGAGAGGUUGCCAGUGAUCAAAACGGGGCAGGCGUCGCCCAAAACUACAACCCAGAAUUCCAAGACGAGGGUUACCAAGGUUACCAGGAAGAGGAGCAGGUGUACCAACCAGAGGAUGGGACAGAUUACUAGGAGGAAGGAGAAAGCUGAGGAAGGGAAGGUGCGAUUGUAUAAAGAAGGCGAGUUGUGCAACAGGACCUCGAGGCAGGUGGUUUAAUUUUUAUAUCAACAGGAUGUUGCACCUUCUUUUUGGGGUCAUAUCCUUUGAGUAUUGUAUGAAAUUGUCUUCUUAUCAUUGUGCAAGACCAGUGUCACACAUAUCAUGAGCUGUAUUUCUGUGGGGAUUUUUGUUUUGUU